CACCACUAACAGCAUUAGUGUGAUUUUUAUGUUCUUUGCGUUCAGUUUAUCAAGCAUUAAAAAAAGUAAUUAAGAUGAAAUCCAUCAUGAGUGUUGUGUAUUUAUUCGGUCUUAUUGUUUCUUUGAACAGUUCGCCUAUGAUACCAAGCGGUGGUGAGACAUCAGGGACAUCAGAACCAUCAGGGACAUCAGAACCAUCAGGGGCAUCAGAACCAUCAGGGACAUCAGAACCAUCAGAGGAAAAUCAGGAAACCAUCUUGCCCGAACCUAUAAGAAACUAUUUAGUAAAUGUUUCUUUGAAUAGUUCGCCUAUGGUACCAAGCGGUGGUAAGACAUCAGGGACAUCAGAACCAUCAGGGAACAAUCAGCGAACCAUCUUGCCCGUACCUAUAAGAAACUUUAUUAUAAAUCUUUUGUCUAAAUUAAAUCGAAAUGCAUUACCCAAAAAUGUAUUAGAAUUGAUAAAUGGUCCUGAUUUUUUAAAAGCACUAAAUGAUGUAAAAGAUGAAACAACUUUAAGAUUCUUUUCGAAAGUACAACUAGACUCAGAGUUUAUUGGACAGCUUAUCUUUACUGUGAACUUUAUUCGUGAAAUAGUUUCAAAGAAUCCGACAAAUUUAUGUGAACUGCAAAUCAGUGCACGUAAAUAUAUAUACCGUUUCACAAAAUCAAAAUUAAGAAAUAUAUAUGCAAAGAAUAAACUAAAAGAUUUAAUCGUUAUGUUCAUGACGGACGUGGAAAAUUAUUAUAAAAACAAAAAUAUUAAUGAUUUCUAAA